AUGACAGUCAGAAGCAAGCUUGCAAUCUUCAAAGCAGAUUAUGCAGCUGCUGAGUCUGAUCAAAAGCAGAAGCGAGGGUCCGGUCAAUUUGUCGAUUUAGGGCGCAUCAAUGUUCCCUUUGGAGACACUGUUGGUGUUGCUAAUAAUGGCCAUGAGACUGUGCCAUCUUUCACUACUUUUCAAUUUGACAGCCGGAAGAAAAGACCAGAUUUUGGGGUGUCAAUUUUUUUGUCAAGAAGUAGAAUAUAUGAUGAUGACAAUGAUGCAGCUGGGCUGCCUAAUGUGCCUAGCAAUUAA